AUGAAGUUUCACAUUAUAAAUAAACAAAAAAUAUUUUCAAAAACUCCUUUAAAGAAAAUUAUUUUAGAAAAUUUUUGUCGUGAAAAUGGAAAAUUCUUUUACUCCAUCGAAGUGACGCCAAAAGAAGAGACGAAAAUUGAUUUUACGAAACUCAAAAUUCAGCCACUUUUUGUUGAUAUUACAUGGAUUAAGAAUUUCAAUUUGAUAACCCCAAUCGAAGAUGCUCCAGCUUUAAAGCUCGCAAAUGAAAUAAAAUCGACUCAUGUUGUUAACAGCGUCACUUGUUAUGGUUUAGAAGAUCAUCACAUCGAGAAAGUUUUGAGAAGUGAAUUGAAGCUUAAAAAUUUCACGGUUUUACGUGGAGAUUAUGUUGAUUCAGAGCAAAAGUAUAAAUUUGCUAAUGAGUUAAUUAAAGAGAUCCGAAGAAGAACAUCAAGCGAGGAGGUGACAAUAUUUUGUGCUGGUUAUCCAAAUACUCACAACGAAGCUGUCAAUGCAGAUGAAGAUCUUCAGAAUCUCAAAAGAAAAGUUGAAUCUGGCGUUGAUGCCAUCUUAACUCAAGUCGUUUUCUCAUCUUCGAAGUUUGUUGAUUUUAUUAAAAAUUGCAGAAGAGUUGGAAUAUCACAGGACAUUCCAAUUAUUCCAGGUUUGUAUAUUCCUUUCAACUUCAAUGAGCUCAACUUGAUGUUGAACAUAGCAAAAGUUAAAUUAGAUCAUGGAAUUUAUCAAAGUUUUGAACAGUUAAAAGACAACAACGAGGAAUUUAAAACAUUUAGUUUGAAUUUCAUGAUCAAAGUUAUUUCUGAAAUUCAAGAAACAUCACCAGAAUUUAUUCGUGGAUUUCAUUUCUUCACGUUGAACAACUUCGAGAUGGUAGAAAAGCUAAUUGAAAUUGUUAAUUUUUCAGAAAUGUAAACCUGUAAUUUCUCAAAUUUAAUUAAAGUGAAGAAUCAAAGAAUGACUUGUGAAAUUAUCUGAAAGUGCCAAAUUUGCACCACAGAAACUUUUUUCUUUCUUGCUGCCAAAAAACUUUAAUUUUAUUCACUUAAAUUUAUAAAAUAAAAUAAAAUUCAUUCGCA